AAAUUAAAUUAUUUGGAAUUUGUUUCAAAAUUUUUGGCUAAACCACAUCGAAAUUUUUGUGUUAAUUAAUUAAACAGAACAGAACGCACCAUGGCGAAGAAGGGAGCUGUACAACAACUUCAAGCAGAUAUCCAAACAGAUGAAGACCUUGAAAAAUUCAUGGAACGACCAGGUUUACUAGUAUUGGACAUAUACUCGGAAUGGUGCGGUCCCUGUCUUGGCAUGGUGGGCAGUUUAAGAAAAAUUAAACUAGAACUAGGAGGAGAUAAUCUGCAAUUGGCUAUUUGCAAAGCUGAUACAAUAUCAGCAUUUGAGCGAUUUCGAAGGAAAAGUGAACCCACAUGGAUGUUUUGUACGCGUGGGAAAGCUGUAAAUCUUCUUUUUGGAUCAAGCGUCCCGAAACUUAUGUCUCUUAUAACAAAAGAAUUAGGUAUGCUAAAUGCAAAAGAACGAUCUCGUUAUAAUUUAGAUGAAUUACAUCCGAGAGAAUUGGCAAUAAAACAGCAGAAAGAUGAGGAAUUGGCGGAGGAGUUACGUAAAGAAGAAGAAGAGAAACUAAGAGAACGAAACGAUUACCUAACUUUUGUAACAGAUACGAUAAUGGAAAACUUACCAGAAAUGGGUGUUACACUUUUUGGGCCACAAGUUAACCGAGAUAUGUUCAAAAAAGUUAUGGAACCAGCUGAUUUACUAAAAAUUCAAUGCAAGGAUCGCAAAGUCGUGCCAUUAAACAAAGAAAGUUUUGAGAUCAUCAAUUUUGCUUGUAAUAAUCCACUAACUCCUGAUGUACUUGACUACAUGGAUGGUAAGGAGCAUUUACUUUGCUAUUGGAAAAAGCCUGAAGAUAGUAAAAAAAUGGUUUGUGAAGUAUUAAUGGGAUAUGAACAUGAAUUAAUCACAAAACGUAAAAAUCCUGAUGAAUUAAAUACCGAAUUACCUGAAUUACCACCAAUCUUAGAACCAUUAAAUGUUACGCUGGAAGUUGAGUUAAAAGAGGGUGAAGAAUAUGAAGAAGAGGUUGAAGAAGAAGUACAUCACGCAAAACCUGGAUCUACACAUUCUGUAAAAGCUGCCGAAGUUAAAGAAGAACCGAAACCAGAAGGCGAAACAAAUGAAGAAAAUGAAGGGGUAGAACAACAUGAAGAAGGGUACGAACAAAUGGAUUUCUUUAUGGACAACCCACUUGAUGAUUUUAAUGAAGAACAAGUUGAAGAAGAAGAAGUUAUACCAGAGCCAGUUAAACGGUAUCGUAAAGUGAAAUUAAAAAUUCCUCCUAUUUGGGUUCCUAACAAUAACCGCACACAUGCGGCAUUAAUUUAUGUCUUCUUCUACAAUCAAACUACUCCAUUCUUACCACCUGAUCCAACACCAGAACCUCCUCAUAUAAUAAUGGCCUUUGACGCUUAUAAAAGAAAAGAUCUAAUGUACUUAGUUAAUAAGCACAAAAACGAUAUACCUUGUUAUGGUAUUUUCUCAAGCGACGAAGUUGAAGAAGCUCAGCUUAUUGCUAGAAACGCUCAAGAAUAUGCUCAUGUGAAACAUUUACCGAACUAUAAAAUUAUAUUUAAAGUAUACAAAGCAACAUCUCAAACCAUGCUGGCAUUGGCGACUUCCGGGCCAAGCUACGUGAGUCCUAACACUGUUAUUGGUCACGAGGAAGCGUUAAAACUGUUUCCCAAAAAUUAUUUGGAAGAAGCAGAGAGUCCCACAGAUGAUAAGAAAUCAAAGAAGGCUUCUAAAAAAGAUGCUCCAGGCGAAGAACAGCGUAAAGCUUCGAUCGUAUCUGUGGAAGAUUUUGAUGGCGAUGUAGAUGAUGAAGAAAUGAAGAUGGGAGAUGAAAUGGAAAUGGAGGAAGGAUUAGGAGAAAGAUUGGAAGAAGGAUUGGGAGUAGAAGGAGAAGGAGAAAUGGGUAUGGCAGAAGGCGAGGAAGGUGAAGGAGAGCAUACGGCAGCAGCCGAAAUGCCGGCAGACGGUGCCACAGCUGCACCUGAGCAACCUGCACCUGAAACCACGGCAGCUGAUGCAGCUGCGCCACCUACAGAACCACCUGCCGAAGCACCUGCAGAAUCACCCGCAGAACCACCUGCCGAACCACCUGUAGCACCGCCCGCAGAACCAGCUGCUGAACCUCCAGCAGCUGAACCUGCCCCUGCUGAACAUCCUCCUGAACCAGCUCCGGCUGAAUGAAAACAUCUAAUUUACGCAUGCAAAUUGAUGCAAAAAAUAUUUACACUUAAUUUAAUUUUAAACUCCUUGUACUAGAAAAACAAAUAAAUUG